AUGGCUCACGUGUUUGAACCGGGCUACAUCCCGGCUUGGAGGCGGCUGGGGAUCAAACUGAAGAGCGAAGAAACCCAGUCCGGAGACGCCGUACCUGAACAUGAAACAUCAUCGAGCUACCAGCAACCAUCUACAGACUCUCGUGCGCAGCCAAUUCCAUCCGAGAAGCGUGCCGUAAAUGGCAAAUCCUCAAAGCUUGGCAAACGAAAACACCAACAUGAGGCAGCUGAGAAUCAUCAACAGGAUGCCAAGAAGAGUCGGGUUGAGACCACGGAAAACGACGUCAACGGAGCUACUAGCCACGAAUUUCCGGUCGUGACUUUUGAUGUCGAGGCAGAGGCUGUCACGGAAAAGGCUUCAGCAACAAACAAGCCCUUCAAAGGAGGAGAUCCGAAUUAUCGAAAGAAGAAAGAGAAACCAGUCAAACGCCGGAGAGAAGAAAAAGACGGUGACUCUCAGCCUAAGGCGCGUCCCAAGCAAGGCUCCACUCGCUCACCUCACGAGCCGGCGUACGCGACAGCGCGUCCAACUUUACUUGCGUCCACUGAGUUAGACCACGCCAACCCAGCCGCCGCCACAACACCACAAAAGCUCCCCAAGAAAUCUAGCCGCAAGGAGCCCUCUGGCUCACCCCCACUGACAGACCGAAGAAAAUCAGUCGCAUUCACCCCCGAUACCAAACGGUCCGACGGGAAUACGGGCCAGGAUUAUUUCAAAGCCUGGGUUGCCGAACAGAAGGGAACUGGACCCGUCUCCCAGCCACCAGAAGUCUCCAACUUUGUACUACAUUCAAUCAUUGCUGAGGAGCAGAAGGCGGCGAGGAGGAAUGGACAACUAGACAAAAAACCAGCGACAGAAGCAGAAGCCAAAGAAGCCACCAGUUCGAAGACCCCAGACGCUGAACCGGAAGAGAAGUCGAAACCGCAGCCGAAGCCGACGCCGCAGGCAGCACCGAAGCCUACGUCGAAGCCUGUCGAGGCAAAAUCUACACCUGCAUCUACAGCUGCGCCAAAGGCAAAGAAGAAGGAUCCCUCAGUAUACAUCGCCUAUCUCAGGCAGUAUCACUAUGAUCGCGACAACUGGAAGUUCAACAAAGCGAAACAGAACGACGUUGUUGAUAACGCCUUGAACAUCUUUCGCAUCCCUAACGAGCAUUCUGAGGCCCUAGUUGAAUAUAUCGCUGGUCUCCAAGGGGCUGGUGUGAUUGAACGUCUGCGCGAACGUUGCAGGGCAACAGUGAAAGACAUCGACGAGCAAGACGCCCAGAUGAAUGACGCGGAAGCCAAGAAGGUUGCGCAGGAGGACGCGGAGCAGGAGCGCAUCCUCAAGGAGCGGAAGAGGAGAAAGACAGAGGGCGACAUCACAGACCUUGGAGAACACGAGUACAGCGCCGGUUUCAUUCGACGACUGCAAAGGCGACGAGCUGAAGCGCUCUUGAAUGCUUUGGGCCGCGCUGAGCCCGUACUACCAGCAGUGACUCCAAGAUCUAGCAUCAAGCCGUUGAUGCAGCAUGUGGAGCCAGCGAAGCCCAUUGCACGAAAGCGGAAGCGGAGGACAGAUGUGUCGAGCGAUGAGAGCAGUUCGGACAGCAGCGACUCGGACAGUUCAGACUCUGACUCUGAUGACAGCAGUGACUCGGAUUCUGGAUCGGACAACGCGACUACUGCGAAGAGUGCCAAUAGCUCUGGUAGCGGGUCGGGAAGCAGUGACAGCGACAGCAACAGUGAUACUUUGUCAUAUGCAGCACAUCAUGCCUUCCCGAAUAAUGCAUAUACGAUACCCGAAACAGCUAGUGCAUCGUCAACAUGCAGCGGGUUCCCCGCCUCUUUGUCUCCACAGACAUAUUCGUCGGCAGUAACACCGAGAGCAAUGGCACUGGCUCGCCUACCCACAGAACUAAUCGAGCACAUAACCACCUACCUCGAUCUCCCAAACAGUGGUUCACUCCGCCUCACCAGCCCAUCUCUGAGCAAACAAGCCUCUCAUGUAUUCAAAGACCGUUUCUUCCGCCAACACACACUACAAUGGACUGAAGCCGCCUUUUCCAGAUUACUAGAAAUAACAUCGCACCCGCAUUUCGGCAACGCCAUCCAGCACCUCAUCGUAGACGCCACGCCUCGCCACUCAAUCCAUCUUUGGCAAGCACAAAUACAGAUUGCAGAAACACAGGGUAUUACUACGCCUUAUGGCACCGUGUCAGCUACUCGCGACCUGGAAGAGCAAUAUAUGGCCGAUUACACAGCGGCAGAGGAAAUAGCCAAGUUCUUCAGCGAAACGAGAUUCGAUCGCAAAAGUCUGGUAACCAUCUUUGAAAGAUUGGAACACCUAGAUUCCAUCAACUUCGCAUACGAAGGCAUGCACGAGAAAUACGCAAAGUUCUGUACUCGGUACUGUAAGAGCAGUCAACAAGAAAUGUCGCGGCCAUUUGUAUCCACCAUGUCUGCCAUCGCGGCAUCGAAAUUGCAAGUUCGACGUAUCCAGGUAGACAGCGAUAACUUCUUCGGCGCAGUUAGUAUCGGGAAAUUGGAAACUCUGGCCCCUUCGCUCCGCUACUUCGACCAUGCGUUCGAAAAGUUGGAUACGCUACAAUUGCAUCUUCGGGAUCUACGCUCGUCAGUCUCUGGAUUCGAAAUAGACACUACACGCGCGCCAUUCGUGAUACGCUUCCUCGCCAAAGCACGCAACGUACGAGUGUUAGAACUGAGUUGUUACAGCAUCUUGGAAAUGGAUGUAUUUGGGGAAAUGGCACGGCAUUGUCGGUUUGAAAAGUUGGAAGAAUGUAAACUGUCCGUCAUGAGAAUCAUGAACGGCGACGAUCUUCUUACGCUUCUCAAGCCGGCGGAGAACACGCUGAGAUCAUUGAGAUUGAGGUAUAUCAUGAACUCGGAUCCGUACAACACGUGGUGGCAUAUUCUUAGUCGCGUUGCGAAGGAGGAGGAUGUGCUGCCGCGGGUGGAUUAUCUGCAUUUGGGACAUUUGACUUCUGAUUCCAGGCGCAGGGUGUGGAUGAACGGUCUGCAAGUGCAGCAAUUUAAUGAGGAUGGGUGGCGAGCGCGUUUGUCUGAUGCUGUUGAUCAUUUCGAGACGAGAGCAGCGGAUUCGUCGUGGAGUCUAGGCGCUCUCGCGUAUCCGUUUGUUGGACUGAGUGUGUGA